AUGGCGAUUGUUCCUGGGCCUUUGGUGCAGUUGUCACAGGACUCCCUGUACUUUCCACUUCCUCUCAAGGACAUCAUCAUUGAAAACAUCGUUCAGGUGAAGAAUUUGCUUGAGCGAACAGAGAACAAGGCGGAAAAUGUUAUUGCUUUCAAGGUGCUUGCCACGGUUCGUUGUCGCUACAACGUGCGACCCUCAACUGGCUUGAUAUUUCCUACAGAAAGCGUUAAAAUCAGGUUUCUUCUUAACGUGCCGCAUCUGCGGCAACAAGCCAAUGAACAAGGCACGGAAGCUGCUGUAAUUCUGCCGGAUGCAAAUACAAAGGAUGAUCUGCUGGUGGAUAUCGCUGUUUUGCCCAAGGAUCAGGCAAAGACGUACAUUGAAAACAUAAAUGAAGGUAAAAAUGGAGAGAAAACUGAAGGUGGGACUGCUGGGAUGUAUUCAGAACAGGCGGCUGCCUUCUGGAAGAUGCUUGGGUCAUCGAAGCCAAAAGGUCUACGAGCUGAGUGCCGCAAAUUGAGCUGCGUGUACGGAGAGGCAGCCAUUCCAGAGACUCUUGUAAUGCGGUUAAGUGGAGACAAACCAAAGUCGGCGGUGCCCCCGCAGCCUCUCACUCCCUCAAAGAAUGACGCCGUCUUUGCAUUGCCAUCAUCAAUGGUCCCAAAAACGCGUCCCAAUACGAAUAAUACAGACACAACAAGAAAAUCUCCGCCACGUGCCCUGCCGCGUUCUUUGCUUUCUGCGUCCGUCAGAAACCGAGAUAGGCCGUCUCCCUAUGCAGGCUCCUUGGGUGGUUUGCCUUCACCAAAGCCUCUGCCUCCUUUAGAGAGACUUUCAGGUGUCAACAACAACGUUGCUGGGAUCAAGGAUCCCAGCUUGCGCUCAGCUGCCGCAGCUUUACAUUUCAAGCCUGGGUUGGCGCGGCAGCAGCGACCACUAUGGAAGGAGUGCCUAUUGUUUCGUGUCUCCUCCCAGGUGUUGGCGGCACUGCUAAUCCUAUCGUUUCUGUGCGCCUUAUUUGAAAGUGGAACGUUUUUGAGUUGGUUGUUAAUAGGGCAGUAA